AUGAACUACUCAAACAUUUCGCGCAAUCAUCCUUACAAUGAAAUCUUGCUAGUACCUUAUUCGUUCAAAGUGGUGCUUUCAUUUGUAUCCUCUGUCGCCAUGUUGGUAUCUGCGAUUGGCAAUAUCCUUGUGAUUACUUCUUUCGUCAAAACGCUGAGUCUUCGCAACAGUACCAACAGUUAUAUCACUAGCAUGGCAGUAUCGGAUCUUCUCUUUGUUGCCGUUGAUCUAGCGCUGUACGCAAGCAGCAGGCUAUUUGUUCUUGGAGGUUCAGUGUCCUCCUUUCAGUGUAAAUUUGGGAGGUACAUUGCAAAUGUCUCUUAUUCAGUUUCCAUUGAAAGUCUUGUGUUAAUAACGGUGGACAGAUACAUAGCUAUCGUGUAUCCUAUGAAGGUGAUUCUGAUUACUGGAAAGAUGCGAACGGCUUUCAUUCUUGCGUCUUGGAUAAUACCAAUGGGAAUGCUCGCCCCGUUUUUGCAUUAUUACAAGAGAGCACAAGAACUGGAUGGACCAUUGAUUUGCACAAUGGGAAGUAAACUCUUACACGCUGUUUAUACUUUUAUGGGAAUUGUUCUGCUUUUCAUAAUCCCCCUUAUUGUCAUCGUUAUCCUUAAUUCUCGCAUCAUGAAAGCUCUGAGAACAACAACACAAGGCGUGCCGAACCCUAAUCUCAGCAAUUCUGCAAGAAGACAUCAACAGAAUCGAAAAAUAAUCAAAACGUUGAUCGCGAUCAAUGUCAUUUUUUUCGCCUGUUGGACACUUUAUUACCUCUCGAUCAUCUUUUUUGUGUUUUUUGGACACGUUUUGAGAAGAGAUUCACAAGAAAUGCUUGUAAUCACAUGUCUUUAUCUCCCUGCACUUUUAAGCACUGUUGCCAAUCCGGCCAUCCUUUUUAUUUUUAGCAAAAACUACCGACAAGCACUUAAGAAUUGCUUUCGUUCGGUCGUCGUCAAGUGCCGUUCAUGUCUUGCGCGUCAGGAAGUGACAGGUUUACAAAGCACAGACCUGAACUAA